AUGGAGAGCCUGCUGGAUAAUCCAAUGAAAGCCGUUCUAUACUUGAAGGAGCUCACUACUAUCGUGCAGAACCAGCAAAGCCUGAUCCAGACGCAGCGCCAACGCAUCGACGAACUCGAACGAAAGGUGGAGGACCUGAUAGGAGAGAACCGACAGUUGCGGGACCCUCAUCAAUACGUCCAGCAGCCCACAGCUCCACAUCAUCAUCACCACCAUCACCACCACCCGACUCACCGUAGCACCAGCCCCCAGGCGCCCGCCCACCUCCAUCAGCACCCGGGGAGCAACAAAGCUGCGGCUCACCUCGGCCAGCAGGAACAGCAGCAGCAGCAGAUUCCUGGGCUAUCGGCCCAGCCUCAGCAGCAUCCGACCCCUCCUGCUCCAUCCUCCCACCACCCGCAGCAGCUGCAGCUCGUCCCCACCUCGCCGCAGUCUCCCAAAGCGAGCCAAACCAGCCCGGACUCCGUCGAGGAGGACAAGAGGAGCCCCUGCUGCAAGUCCCUUGUUCCGCAGACUCCCACCACGCUCUGCCGAUCAGUUGGACUGGCCAGGAAAGCGGACAACCAAACAGUGCUUCAUCAGUUCUGCUGCCCUGCCCCAGAGGCCCCUGAGGGGGAGACCUCUACCGCUUGUGUCCCCAGCGAUGACCUUUCUCCAGACUCGUCUAAGGGGGAGGAAGGGAAGGGAGGAGAGGGGGAGCUGCAGAGUGAGGUCCAGUCACAACCACAGCCCCAACAGCAACAACAGCAAGAGACUCAGCCACAGACUGAACCACCACAGCCACAGCCCCAACCAGAGCCUACACAGGAGCCUGAACCUGAACCUGAACCUGAACCUGAGCCUGAGCCUGAGCCUGAGCCUGAGCCUGAGCCUGAGCCUGAGCCUGAGCCUGAACCUGAACCUGAACCUGUGCCUGAACCAGAGCCUGAGCCCAAAGUCGAGGCCCCGAGUGAGGAAGCUGCACAGGAUGCCCCUAAAGCCCAGUCGCCUACCAGAGAGGAGCACACAGAGGGGGAGCAAGAGAAGCAGAAGACAGAAGAAGAUGGGGAGGCAAACAGAAAUCAAGAGGGAGAGGAGGUGCAGGCCGAGCGACAUGAGGGCGAGGCAGCACAGGAGGAAGAGGAGGAGGAGGAAGGGGGAGGAGCAAAAGGAGGUGGGGCAGGGAGGAGAGCCAGUCUCCACCAUACGGCCUCGCCCUUGAGGGUGCAGCGCAACGGGGCCGGCUCGCACUCCGCCACCUCCGACUAUGAGCUCUCGCUUGACCUCAAAAAUAAGCAGAUCGAAAUGUUAGAGCACAAAUACGGCGGCCACCUCAUCUCUCGCCGUGCUGCCUGCAAGAUCCAGACUGCCUUCCGCCAGUACCAGCUCAGCAAGAACUUUGAGAAGAUCCGUAAUUCGCUGCUGGAGAGUCGUCUGCCUCGGCGCAUCUCCCUGCGCAAGGUCCGUGUGCAAAACACGGAGGGUUUCUCUGCUGAACGGGCCCUGGCAGAAGGCUGUAACUUGGCAGGCAUCCCAUUGGUGCGCUCACCAUCUCUGCCUGCCACAGUUGGUGGCACCCUAACCGACCUGGAAGAUUCAUUCACUGAACAGGUCCAGUCACUGGCAAAGUCCAUAGACGAUGCACUCAGCAACUGGAGCCUGAAGACCAUGUGUUCACUGCAAGAGGGCGGAACUUAUCAGUUCAGUGCCGACUCCUUCAGUGCAGCAGCAGCUGCUGCUGCAGGAGUAGGGGUUGGAGGAGAGGGAGCUGGUGUGGGAGAGUCAACAAUUCAUCAAGGCCCGGUGGACCCAAGUGACCUGUCAAGAAGCGCAAGCAAGCUGAUGAUGGCCUUCCGGGAUGUGACAGUUCAGAUUGACAGUCAGAACUUCCGUGUUUCAUCUUCAGUCAUGGAAUCGUCCACUUCUGUCACCCUUGGCAGCUGCGUCCAACAAGAAGGAUCCUCUCCCACUGUUACAGCUACUUCCACAACAACAAACUCCACUCCAGCCUCCAUUCCACCUUACUUUUCACAAGAACCCCCUCCUCCCCCAGCAGAGGUUCCAGCUGAACCCAUAGAUCCCCCACCGCCCCCACAAGAGCCCCCACCACCUCCAGAAUUAGAUAUAGAAGAAGAUGAUCAGGAUAUUGAAUUCCCUGCUCCCCCUCCAAGUGAAGAAGAGUUUGGGGAUGAUGACCAACCUCCCUUAACCCCUCUGGACAAGAUGGCUGCCCCUCAAAGCCCAGAGGAGGUGGUGUUGCUGCUGCCGCCACCACCAACAGAACUCCCUCAGGCCCCUCCACCACACGAGGCUGUACCCUUUGGGAGCUCUCCUGUGGUAGAGCCGCUGGAGGUCAAAAGGUGUGGUUCUGAGAUGGCAGACAACAGCUCAGAGCAGAUGAGCAGCAGCAGCACAUCCACAGAGGCGCGUUCCACUUCUGAAGCCUCAUCAAAGGAGGCACUGCAGGCUAUGAUCCUCAGCCUGCCACGCUACCACUGUGAGAACCCCACCAGCUGUAAGUCACCCACGCUAUCCACUGACGUCAUGCGAAAGCGCCUCUACCGCAUUGGCCUGAACCUCUUCAAUGUAAACCCCGACAAGGGCCUUCAGUUCCUGAUCUCACGAGGCUUUAUCCCAGACACACCUAUUGGUGUGGCCCACUUCCUGCUACAGAGGAAGGGCCUGAGUCGACAGAUGAUUGGAGAGUUCCUCGGCAACAGCAAGAAGCCCUUCAACAGAGAUGUCCUAGAUUGUGUGGUGGAUGAGAUGGACUUCUCAGGCAUGGAGCUGGACGAAGCACUGAGGAAGUUUCAGGCCCAUAUUCGUGUCCAGGGAGAAGCUCAGAAGGUGGAACGUCUUAUCGAGGCCUUCAGCCAGCGCUACUGCAUGUGUAACCCCGACGUGGUGCAGCAGUUUCACAACCCAGACACCAUCUUCAUCCUGGCCUUCGCCAUCAUUCUGCUCAACACGGACAUGUACAGUCCUAACAUCAAGCCUGACCGCAAGAUGUUGUUGGAGGACUUCAUACGCAAUCUACGAGGUGUGGAUGACGGAGCGGAUAUCCCCAGAGACAUGGUGGUGGGAAUCUAUGAAAGAAUACAACAGAGGGAGUUGCGCUCCAAUGAAGACCACGUCACCUACGUCUCUAAGGUUGAGCAGUCCAUUGUAGGCAUGAAAACGGUUCUCUCCGUCCCUCACAGAAGACUGGUGUGCUGUAGUCGUCUUUUUGAGGUGACAGAUGUCAACAAGGCCCAAAAACAGGCUGCACACCAGAGAGAAGUCUUCCUCUUUAAUGAUCUCAUUGUGAUAUUGAAGCUAUGUCCAAAGAAGAAGAGCUCAGCAGCCUACACUUUCUGCAAAGCCAUGGGCCUUCUUGGCAUGCAGUUCCACCUGUUUGAAAAUGAAUACUACCCCCAUGGCAUCACCAUCCUCUCACCUUUUGGCUCAGAGAAGAAGCAGGUACUUAACUUCUGUGCCCAAAGUGCUGAAGAGCUGCUCAAGUUUUUAGAAGAUCUGAAGGAAUCUAUCGCUGAGGUGUCGGAGAUGGAGCAGAUACGCAUUGAGUGGGAGCUGGAAAAGCAGCAAGGAGCAAAGACACACUCGGUAAAGAACAACGGCACACAGCUAGAGCUGCGUGGCAAACAGGGCUCCCCAUCAGGAAACCAGGAGGUAGAUGACAGAAGUGGACACAAUGCAGUGGAGGUGUCAAUUCACAACAGGCUUCAGACGUACCAGCUCAGCAGCAGCAUGGCUCGGAGUCCCGAGAGCGUGGCCCUUCUUAACCACCAGGGGGAGCUGCUUUUCCAGCAGGGGCCCCAGGGGCUAACCCAAGGGCCAGCACCUCCACCUCAGCACCCACAGCUGCAGUCAGCGGCGAGCACCCCCGCCCACCACCUCCACCUCCAGCAGCACCACCAGCCCGCUGUCAGCAUGGCUGAUCUGCGGCCCGAGACACUCAUCCAGUGUCAGCAGAUCGUAAAGGUCAUCAUGCUCGACAACAGCGGCCACGGUCACAUGGAGGCCUUCCUCAGCCAAACGCCCACACACCACCACUACCAGCAUCACCACCACAGCCACCACCAGCUCAGCCAGUCGGCCAUGUCCACCCCGGUCCGCUCACCGGACAGCUCCCAUGGCAACGACGGCCACCAGCCCCCGCUGCCUCCCCCACCUCCGCCUUACAACCACCCGCACCAGUAUAUACCCCCGGAUCCCCGCCUCAGUCUACAUCGGACCCCAAGUGGCUCUCGGAGCAUGGUGUAAAUAAAGCUUAAUUAGUAUUCUUUCCCUUACAGAUACACACACACACACACACACACACACACACACACACACACACACACACACAC